GUGACUGCAAGAUAUGAUAAUGGCCAGUCAAUGCAAAGUUGGUAUUGUGGGCAGCGGUCUUAUCGGACGUUCAUGGUCCAUGCUCUUCGCCUCGGUGGGCUAUCAAGUAGUACCAACACAAAUCGAAAAUGCCUUACGUGAGACAGAAAAGGAGCUGAAAAGCUUGGAAUCGAAGGGCUUACUGCGUGGCAAACUCAGUGCUAACCAACAAUUCGCGCUCAUUUCGGGCACAACUGAUAUUAAUGAGUUGGUGAAAGGUGCCAUCUUCAUACAGGAAUGCAUACCAGAACGUUUGGAAUGGAAAAAGGCACUCUAUCAACACCUGGAUGCCGUUGUAGAUGACAAAACUAUACUCUCCAGCUCGACAAGUACCUUUCUGCCAUCACUCUUCUCCAAAGACUUGAAACACUAAUCGAACAUCAUCGUCUCUCAUCGCGUCAAUCCACCAUACUAUGUACCACUUGUGGAGGUGGUACCUGCACCGUGGACUAAGCCAGAGGUUGUGAAGAGAACACGCGCUAUUAUGGAAGAGAUUGGCCAGAAACCUGUGGUUUUGAGUCGUGAAAUCGAAGGUUUCGUACUCAAUCGCAUACAGUAUGCCAUUUUGAAUGAAACUUGGCGUUUAGUCGCCGACGGUAUUGUCGAUGUAAAAGAUGUUGAUAGUGUCAUGUCCGAUGGCUUGGGUAUGGGUUAUGCUUUCUUGGCACUCGAGACGGCACAUUUGAAUGCCGAGGGUAUGACAAAUUACUUUGAACGUUAUUCAAAUACCAUUUAUGCGGUAAGUGAAACUAUGGGACCCACACACAAAAUGGAAGGUCCAACAGCAGUGGAAAUUGCGAAGCAAUUAGAGGCAAUGGUACCGUUAGAUAAGCUGCCGGAGCGACGAACAUAUCGUGAUAAUUGCUUAAUGCAGUUGCGUAUACUCAAGAGGAAAUUGAAUGAGAAAAUUUGUGAGAAAUAGAAUCAUUUUACUCAU